AAAAAAAGUUUAAUAAGUUGUAAUUCUAUCAUGAGACAAUAUAAUUUUUUAGGAAAAGUCUCGAGCCUGCUCCCUACCUGCUUUUCUCCCUUUCCUGGAUGCUUCUAUCCUUCUUCCGUGAAUCUAGAAUCAAAUCGAGUUGCAGCGGCAUAAAAAAGGCAGCUUUUAGGAGAUUUGGUACUUUAGUAGGUUCGGUUAUUUCCAAAUUUUUAAUUGUUUAAGAGAAUGGCAGUGGUAGGAGAGACUUCUCUUUCUGCUACUUUCCAUAUAGCGCUCGAGAAUUUGGCUUCACCGAUCUUGAUAGAAUUCGGGUGCCGGUUUGGGAUUGAUAUAGAUCUCAAGAAACUGCGCAGAAGCCUGUCAAAAAUCCAAGCUGUGCUCAAUGAUGCUGAGGGAAAGCAGAUCAGUGAUCAAGAAGUCAAAUUUUGGCUUAAUGACCUCAAACAAGUCGCCUAUGAUGCAGAUGAUGUACUAGAUGAGAUUGCAACAGUAGCCUUUCGCUUUAAUCAGCAGAAAAAGGUAACCAACUUGCGCCCUAUAACCAAAGAUUUUAUUUCCAAACUUGGGCUAGAUUCUAAGAUAAAGGAAAUUAAUGAGCGGUUAGGCGAAAUCGCAAAAGAUAAGGAUGAGCUUGGUUUGAGAGAGGGAGUUGGUGUAGCUUGGGCAGAAUUGAGGGAGAGGGACAGGCUGCAAACUAGCUCCUUGAUAGAUGAAAACCGGGUUAUUGGUAGGACGGGGGACAUUGAAAAGAUAGUAAAAUUGUUAGUGUCUGAUGAGUUCUGUGGAAAUGAUGUUGCUGUUCUUCCCAUUGUGGGGAUGGGAGGCCUAGGAAAGACAACACUUGCUCAGCGUGUAUACAAUGAUCCCUUGGUCACCAAGAACUUUGAGCUCAGAACAUGGAUUUGUGUCUCAGACGACUUCAAUGCUCGAAGGCUUACAAAAUCAAUUUUGGAUUCGAUUGACAGGAAAAGUUGUGAUCUUGUGGAUUUGGAUGCCCUUCAAACUAGUCUUCGUGACAAGUUGAAGGGGAAAAAAUUCCUGGUUGUGCUUGAUGAUGUGUGGACUGAAAAGGAGAGAGAUUGGGACGUGUUGCGCCUUCCUUUCAUUGCAGGAGCAUUGGGAAGUAAAAUCAUCGUAACUACCAGAAGUAAAAAAGUUGCAUCAAUCAUGGGCACACUUCCAACAUACCAUUUGGAAGUUCUGUCCGACGAUGAUUGCUGGUUGUUGUUCAAGCAAAGGGCAUUCAUAGAUGGGAAUGAGGAUGCGCAUCCAUACCUAGUAUCAAUUGGUAAGGAAAUUGUGAAGAAAUGUCGAGGUUUGCCCUUGGCGGCAGAGACACUUGGAGGACUCCUCCAUGCAAAGACUGAAAUUGCUGAAUGGGAGAUGAUUUCACAAAGUGGUAUAUGGGAGUUGGAAUACGAGGAAAACGAAAUCUUUCCAGCCUUGAGACUAAGUUAUAAUCAUCUUCCAGCACAUCUUAAGCAGUGUUUCAUGUACUGCUCAAUAUUUCCAAAAGAUUACAAUUUCAGUAAAGAGAACUUGGUCUUGCUGUGGAUGGCAGAGGGAUUUGUUCAUCGUAAGGGAAGGAGGCGCUUGCAAGAAGUUGCAUCUGACUAUUUUGAUGAUUUGUGGAUGAGGUCUUUCUUUCAAUCAUCCAAAACCGAUCGUUUAAAGUUUGUUAUGCAUGACUUGAUUCAUGACCUAGCGCAAGCUGUGGCUGGGGAAAUGUGCUUCAGAUUUGAGCCUGAGAAACUUCAGAACAUCCCAGAGAUGGUUCGGCAUUCAUCUGUGCUAGUUGACACAUUUAAGUCGGUUACAUUGGACGCCUUGUACACAAAAAGGAGCCUGCGGACAAUGCUUCUACUUUGCAAUAAAAUUUCAACUCGAGAGAACUCUAAUUUGACAGUCCCUCAUGAACUGCUGUGCAGUUUGAAAUGUUUACGUUCAAUGGACAUGAGUCACAUUUCUAUAAAAGAGUUACCAGAUUCCGUCGGCGAUUUGAUGCAUAUGAGGUAUCUUGACCUCUCUCACACUGACAUCAAGGAGCUACCUGAAUCAAUUUGCAGCCUCUGUAAUUUGCAGACACUAAUUCUUGCCAAUUGCAACAAGCUUCUCCUGUUGCCAGAAGGUACAAAAGAUUUGAUAAAUCUAUUCCAUCUUGAUUUGACAGGUUGUUGGCAUCUCAGAUCCAUGCCACCAUCCUUUGGAACACUUACUUCUUUGCAGAGGCUGCAUAGAUUUGUUGCUGGAAAUGAAGCCGGGAGGGGAAUCAAUGAGUUGAAGGACAUGAAUGAACUUCGAGCAACACUUUGCAUUGACAGGAUUGAGGAUGUUACUAAUAUUGAAGAUGCAAGGGAGGCUAGCUUGAAGAGGAAGCAACAUAUACGCAAGUUAGUGCUGAGAUGGAGUAGGAGCCGACGUGUCCGGGAUGCAAUUGAUGAAGAGUUACUUGAAUGUCUUGAACCUCAUACCCACCUUAGAGAAUUAACCAUUGAUGUAUAUCCUGGUGCCAAGUUUCCAAACUGGAUGGGAGAUUCGCUGUCUCAUCUGGAGAGAAUUGAAUUCUUACAUUGUAAUUACUGUAAAACCCUCCCUCCUCUUGGUCAGCUGCCGUACCUCAAAUAUCUCACCAUAAGUACGAUGCAAGAGCUUGAAAGCGUUGGUCGUGAGUUUUAUGGGAAGGGUAAGAAUAAGGGGUUUCCUUCUUUGAAGACACUAAAGCUCGAAGAGAUGAGAAGUUUGAGGGAAUGGGAAGGGAUUGAUCAUGGAGACUUCCCUGUCCUUGAGGAUCUUGCUGUUUUGAACUGCCCCAGCAUUAACAAUCUUCCAAAAUUUCCAUCACUGAACCAUUUGUUGCUAGAUGACUGUCAUCAGACAGUAUUGAGCUCACUGCAUUUCCUCACCUCCUUAUCCUCAUUGGAGAUUUUGAACUUCCGGAGAGUAUAUUUAUUACCUGAUGGUCUUCUUCAGCAACUAACUGCACUGAAAAAUCUCAAAAUAAAGGACUUUUACCGACUGGAGGCAUUGCAAGAUGAGUUAGGCUUACAAGAUCUUCAGUCCCUCCAAAAUUUGGAAAUUUCAUGCUGUCCAAGGUUGCUGUCAUUUGGUAAGAAGGGGCUUCCUAGUUCGCUGCAACAUCUUUCAAUUAACAUGUGCAGUGCUUUGAAGGACGUACCUACUGGGCUACAAAACUUAAACUAUCUUGAGCAGCUGCAUAUUUCCAAAUGUCCUAAACUUGUAUCUUUCCCCGAAGAGAAGCUAGGAAGCUCACUUAAGAAUUUGAGACUUUCAUCAUGUGCCAAUCUGGAAUCACUUCCUAUUCGUCUCCAUGAACUCCGACAUCUUGAAAGUUUAUCAAUACAAUCUUGUCCAAAACUAGCAUGCUUACCAGCUUCAGGGCUGCCAGUGUCGCUUCGUUCAUUGUAUAUCAUGGAGUGUGCUUUAUUGGAAGAGAGAUGUGCAGAAGGUGGUGAAGAUUUGCCAAAGAUAGAACAUAUUCCUGAAAAGCAUAUUGGAGAGUCCAAGCUUUGAAAUGAAGCUGCAGGUAGAGAAUAAUGAGAAGCAAGUGAAAAAGGAUCUGUAAGUACCACUUAUCAUAAUCAAUGGCCAACAAAUGUUUGAAAUAUGCUAAUUGGUUUUUGCAGCAGUAUUAUACGGAUCUUUUGAAAUAUAUGGGCAGUUGGGCACCUCCAAUUAUGUGUUUCCAGAGCUAUGAGUUUCUUGAUUUUUUUUUCACUGCAUAGUUAUGUCCAAUUUAUUAGAAGCUAUCCAGUUGUGGAGCUUCAUCUUUGUCUCUAGAGCUUGAUUUGUACUCUUGUCCUCAUGUUUCCGCUUUCAUUUAUGAUGAUCUUAUUCAUUGCCUUAA